UUUCCCUCACAGGCACAGAAAUGCUAUGGAUCUGGGCUGUCCUCUCUCUGGUGCUUGCUGGAUCACAAGAGGCUGAUAGCAUCUCUGAGGAAUCGAAGUUGAGGAGGAAUGUUAGUGAAACUGAGCCUGACUGCCCAGAAGGAUUAUACCGUGGGGGCCAAUUUUGCUGUCAACCAUGCCAGCCUGGUGAAUGGAAAUAUUUGGACUGUACAACCAGUGGUGGUAAACCAAGCUGCCGUCUCUGCAAAGAAGGGAAGGAAUAUAUGGACAAAGAACAUUAUUCUGAUAAGUGCAGAAGAUGUACGUUCUGUGAUGGAGAACAUGGUUUAGAAGUGGAAACAAACUGCACCCGGACCCGGAAUACCAAAUGCAGGUGCAAAUCCAACUUCUAUUGCAAUGCUUCUGUCUGUGAACACUGCGAUCCCUGCAUCUCGUGUGAACAUGGAAUCCUUGAGAGGUGCACAUCAACCAGCAACACCAAAUGCAAGCAAGAAAGUUCCAGACAUUAUUUCAUAUGGCUGUCCAUCAUCAUCAUCCUCGUUUUGGGAAUAUUGCUUGUGCUUUUAUAUAAAAAGUAUUGGAGAAAAUGUCAUCGUGACCCUGAAUCUGUGACUACAAAUUCUGAAGACAUGCCAAUGAAUCUCCCAGACGUUGACUUGCGUAAAUACAUCCUACAUAUUGCUGAAGAAAUGUCUUUAGAUCAAGUUAAGACAUUUGUCCGGAAGAAUGGGAUGUCUGAGGUGAUGAUAGAUGAGAUCAAGAACGACAAUCUCCAACACACAGCUGAGCAGAAAAUCCAGUUGCUUCAGGGGUGGUAUCAAGCUCAUGGGAGGAAGGAUGCAUAUUGCACUUUAAUUAAAGGCCUCAGAAGAAUGAAAUGCUAUGCUCUUGCAGAUAGAAUUCAGGCCAUAAUCCAGGCGGACAUUGAAAAUGCAACUGCAGACACCAGAAAUGAAAAUGAAUGAAAGACAAAGACUCAAGUGAAAGCUACCUCAGUUCCAAAGAGAGAGAGAGAGAGAGAGAGAGAGAGAGAGAGAGAGAGAGAGAGAGGAGAGAGAGAGAAUCUUUUAAAUCAGCACUGUGGCUGGUGUCUGAGUCAGGAGCAUUGCUGUGAAUUCAAGGCCAGACUGUGCAACAUAGUGAUCUCUGAACUAGCCUUGUCUCAAAAAUAAUAAAAGAAAAAAACAAAGCAAAGAAGAACAUUUUAAAUAAUGGAAGUCUAUAAAUGUUGUUUGGCUUUUUGUUGAGAAUAUUUUCUAUUUCCUUAGAUUUGUAGAGACAAUAUAUUUAUAAAAUGUGAAGAUUUCAUGAUUCUGUUUUGAGUAAUGUUGAAAUGCAUGUGGAGGAUGGGCAGGAACAAGAGCAACCGCCGUAGUGAUUUAUGUACCCACAUAAAAGUCUACACAGAAGCAUAUAAACUUAAUAUCAUGCUCUGGCCUUGAGUGUGGAUAGUGUGUGCUGGCCUGUGAUGGACCAUUCUGCUCCAUGGCCAUAAAGGGCAGGAGGUUGGCUAUAAAGUCACACACAACUCCAGGAUAAUCGUAGAGAUUUUACCAUAUACAGGGACUUGGCUAGCCAGCCUUAGAACAUACACAUGCAAAGCUUGCAUGUAUAUUUAAAUGUAGAAUUAAAUAAGGUUCUGUUGCAAAGAUUCUUUUUGUGUGUGUGUGCAGACCAUUGGUGUUUGUGAAGUAAUAUUUCUGAUUUAAAUUUGUGUGGAAAAUGUAGAAUAAAUCUGAAUGAUUGAAUAUAUUAUAUUUAUAUAUCACUUUAUACUUCCAAAACAAUUUGCUUGUUUCUCGGGUGUCAAAGUGCUUUUUUUUAAAUAGGAGUGUAUUACUCCAGCCUCACUACCUCUCAGUUUUCUCCUUGCUCAACUUGAUACAAACAUAUCCACUCCUAAACUUGAAAACUUUCCUAAAGGAUUAAUGCUCCCCCCCCAAAAAAAAAAUCAGAACUGCCUUGGAAAUUCUAAUCUGAUUCAGGAGAGCUACAUUACUUUUCUAGGGGUAGGUUAAGGCAUGGACUCAUGCCUACACCACCAGUGGUGGGGAUAAAAAUGAAAGCCCACUUGAUUGCCUUUUGGCAAUUCCUGGUGUGUUCUCUUUGCCUGCAAAUGACAGUAGAUGCUCAGCAAAGCUGAGAUGCCCACAAGGCUCUAGGAAUUGCUUCUGUUAUUCUCUUCAGGUUCUGAAACAAACCAUUUUCUCCAUCUACUGCUAUGCUGGUAUCUUUGCAUUUAAACCUCUAUGAAAGUUGUAUUAAAUGUGAAUUGGAAUCUGCAGUGUCUCUUAUGUUCACGUACUGUGAACUGAGGAGACUCAUAAACAGAAACACACACACUUGUAGUUACCUAGUGAUCUUCCACUAACGAACGAUUCUUUUCCUCUAUGUAUGGAAAUGUAUGAUAAAGGAGAUAAUUUUUUUAAUUAAAGUAUCAUUUUGGCAU